GUUGCGCACAACAAGACCGUAUUACUCUGUAUAAAUUUGGAGGUGAAGUGACAAAAAAUUACAUAAAUUUUUAUUUGCAUAACUGUAAUUUACAUAACAUAAUUAUUGCUGGCGAAUUAAGAAGGUUAACUGAACGAUGGAGCAGCGCAAACACGUUCUGCUGAUCAGCUUUCCGGCACUGGGUCAUUAUCUGCCGAUGCUGGAGCUAGCCAAACGAAUUGUCCAGUACCACGAGGUCACAAUGACCUGUUCCAAAUCGGCCGUUGUCAAUCUGGAACGCCGUAGUAUUCUCCCGCCGGCACCGAUCAACUUCCUUUCAUUGGACGACCACGUGACGUUGGAACUAGACGAAGGUGUCAAGGAUGUGAAGCAGAUUGUAGAGAUCAUGGAAUCCACGGAAGCCUUCUACCCAACCUUCUGCCGCGGCCUCCCCAAGGGAUGCAACGCACCGGUAGCCGCCGUUAUUGCCGAUGAAAUCAUGUAUGCCACGUUCAAACCGCUGAAGGAAAACCGAACGGUUAAGGUGUACAGCUUCAGCGCUUUCCCGAUUUCUCUGAGCAUUAAACGCGCGUUGACCAUGGAAACGGCUCCAACAGUUCCCGAUGAGGAGUACUUCACAAAGGGUUCCUUCGGAGCGGGUGUCCCCGAGUCCCUGAAAGCAAUAGCUUUAAAGGACAAAGAAGCCAUGAACUACGUCAACACCGUUAUCUCCAGCUCCUUUGAAGAGCUGGAACCGGAUGCGGCCGCUUCGUUGAAGACUAUUAAACCGCACAUGGAGAUUAAAUUUAUCGGACCUAUCCUGCCACCGGCCAACAACACCCCAGACGAAUUGAUUAAAACCUGGAUGGAUGGCAAACCCGACCGGUCCGUGGUGUACUUCUCCUUCGGGACCAUCGCCGCUGGAUCCGCCGAACAAAUCGCGGAGAUCGCCAAGGCGCUGUUAUCGCUAAAGCGGCCGUUUAUCUGGUCGCUGCGUCCUGUCCAGCAAGCGCUCCUGGCAUCGGAGAUCAGCCGCAACGGCGACUCACAUCUGAUUCUUCCCUGGGUUCCACAAAAACAGGUCCUGGCGCACCGAGCCACUGCGGUGUUCGUGAGUCAUUGCGGUUGGAAUAGUACGAUGGAGGGGCUGUCGUAUGGAGUGCCCAUUGUUGCCUGGCCGGGUUUUAGUGACCAACCUGCUAAUGCGGCAUUGGUGGAGAAGCUGGGAGCGGGCAUGGUCGUACAAGGUGUCGGGCGGGUUGUGCCGUCCAGUGAAAUAGCAGCGGUGAUUGAAAAGGUGGCCGGAUGGAAUGGUAAUACCGAUCGGUGUGUACAGAUGGCACAAGAAAUGGGCGAUAAGGCUAUGGCGACAGUGGCGCCGGGUGGAAAAUCUUCGCAAAAUUUCUUGGACCUGAUGAAAGAAUUUUAAUUACUGUGCGCCUAUUGGAUUUGCAAUUGGUUUGCAAACGUUUCCUCGUGUUGGCAAAUUAUCAUAUCGUAAAAAAAUUAUCGUACUUAAAGCAACUUCACGCAAUCUGCCAAAAUUUGAUUUUUCGAAAACCUUACAACUGGGUUGUAACUUGUAACUAGUAUAAUAUUUUUGCUUAUUGCUUGCGGUAUUGUAUUUAUUUAUGCCCUAUGGCAUUCUGAAGACGCUGAGGAAACAAAAUUCCUAACUUUUCAUCCAGUUAAA